ACCCUUCAUGGAUAAUGCAAGAUGCUCCGAGCCUUCCUAUUUUAAAAACACCUGUUUCCCAACUCCAUCAAAGCGACGAAGUUUUUGCUCUCUGUUUCCAAAUUCCGUAGUAAAAUACGCAAUUUUUUCCUGCUGCUAUCAUGCGAUAAGUAAACAAUUGACUUUUGUGCCUAUGUGCGUUGUUCUUCCCAUUUUUCCAUGUGAUCAUAAUUAAAUCUGUGAAAAAAGAAUGGAGCCUGCAGACAUCACCAUCAAUAAGCGAGAGCCGAUCACUCUUGGAGCCAUUGUAAAUCCAAGCCUGCUAUGGGCCUGCUAUCCAUCAGGAGUAAACAAGAGAGCUACUUCCUUGAAAUAUCAAAUUGACGAGGAGCUGAACGAGUACUUUUCGAUCCGGUUAAAUCGCAAAUCUGUUCUCCCAGAAGAUCUUGAAAAACAUACACAUGUUUCUGUGAAAUAUGAAGGGUCAUGGUUCAGAGGAGUGGUAAUGGACAGAAGACCAGAUGGGCCAAGAGAAUUAUUUUCAGUGCUGUUGGUUGAUGUUGGUGUUGAAAUUAAAGACCUAACUGAUGACUUGAUUUAUCCACUACCCCAAGAAACCCAAGCACAUCAAAUUCAGGCUUUCUUAAUAGCUUUGCACGGGAUUGAACCACUUUCAGUUGAAGUUGACAUCAGCGUUGGCAAAACUGUCUUGGA